UACUAACAGACCAGCUUCGCUGACUGUGUGACACAUCCGAAAGUGAAGAGUUAAUAGGAAAAUGGCAGAAGUCGCUCCAGCUCCCGCCGCCGCUCCGGCUAAGGCAUCCAAGAAGAAAGCGGCACCUAAGCCGAAGAAAUCGGGCCCCAGUGUCGGGGAGUUGAUUGUGAAGGCUGUGUCCGCCUCCAAAGAAAGGAACGGCCUGUCUCUUGCCGCUCUGAAGAAGUCUCUGGCAGCCGGCGGCUACGACGUGGAGAAGAACAACUCCCGCGUAAAGCUAGCGAUUAAGGCUCUGGUGACCAAAGGGACUCUGCUUCAGACCAAGGGAACCGGCGCCUCUGGCUCCUUCAAGCUGAACAAGAAGCAGAGCGAAACCGUCAAGAAGCCCGCGAAGAAAGCCGCUCCUAAAGCCAAGAAGCCAGCAGCAAAGAAACCCGCGGCGGCGAAGAAGCCUAAGAAGGCGGCGGCCUCAGCAGCCAAGAAGCCGGCAGUCGCCAAAAAGUCUCCCAAGAAGGCAAAGAAGCCGGCGGUAGCCAAGAAAGCGACCAAGAGUCCCAAGAAGGCGAAAAAGCCGGCGGCAGCAAAGAAGGCCACCAAGAGCCCGAAGAAAGCAAAGGCAGCCAAGCCUAAAGUCGCCAAACCCAAGGCUACCAAAGCCAAAAGAGCCGCUCCCAAGAAGAAGUGAAGGGACAGCUGCUGAUUUCUAAACUUUGGAGAACAAAAAGGCUCUUUUAAGAGCCACCCACUGAUCUCAGAAAUAGAGCUUUAUCUUGAAUUCAUUCUAUUUUACCUAAAACAGACUUUUUGCAUCGUCUGUAGUCUGACGAAUACAAAGCGAUGUACCACAUGACAGUAAAACGGCUAAGGAAUGACCUUCAAGCGAAAGUAGUGCAAGUUUACCUGUAUAGCACAAUUGCGAGAAGGCAUUUCGAAGUUCUAUACAAGGGCAGUAGAGCACAUAAUUAUUAUUAAAUUACAUUAAAAAAAACACUUGAAAGCCAGACAAGUAGUUAACCGAAUAGAAGUUACAUCGUAGCGAGUGGGUGACUGAUUUUAUUUAUUGAAAAUGUGCAGCAAACAAUGUUUUAGCCCUGAUUUUUAAUGAGCUAACCGUUUCAGCAGCCAUCAGGUUUUGAGGAAGCUUGUUCUACGGACGGGGAGGACAGAAACUGACAGCUGCUUCGUCUCGUUUGAUCUCGAUUCUCGGAUCACUGCGUAAACCAGGUGCCAGGUGACCUCAGGCGUGUUGGUGAGGAAUCUGGUGGCAUUCCGAACGAGCUGCGACAGUCUGAUAAUUUUUUGCCAUGAAAAAGUGC